UGAACAUAUCCAAAAGUAACUGAAACCUCUGUGGUCACGUGACCUAAUUGAGCCGUUCUACAUGACAGCAUGUCCCGUUGCUAAAGAGUCUAGCUAGUAAGCUAGCUGUACUUAGCUUACCAAAUGAUGUGGCUAGAGGGAAUCUAUGGGUUGCUGUGUGCCACCGACAAAACGAUGAUAGCUCUAGAGAGAUUAAUUGACUAUGUCCGAAACUGCAAAGACAGCCCCGGAUUUAGACAAGAGAAAAACGCCCCCCUGCCAUGGCAGCUGGUGUCAGCAUACUGAGUGACCUGCCUUUCUCCAUGAGUGGAGCCCACAGUGGAGAGAUCAGCACAGAGAUGGAGACAGCCAAUGCAAGGGUCCCCACAGCAAAGUACACCAAGAUGGGGGAGACCCUGAGACAUGUCAUCCCUGGUCACAUGCAGUGCUCCAUGACCUGUGGAGGGAAAGCCUGUAAAUAUGAGAACCCCUCUCGCUGGAGUGAUGAAGAGCAAGCUAUCAAAGGACUCUACUCGUCCUGGUUGCAUGAUACAGACAACUUACUAGCUAUGGCAAGGCCUUCCACUGAAAUCAUAGAGAAAUAUAAUAUAAUUGAACAGUUUCAAAGGUGUGGUUUAAAGACGGUCAUUAACCUGCAGCGUCCUGGAGAACAUGCCAGCUGCGGUAACCCAGUGGAGCAGGAGAGCGGUUUCACUUAUCGUCCUGAAACUUUCAUGGAGGCAGGCAUCUAUUACUACAACUUUGGCUGGAAGGACUACGGUGUGGCUUCUCUGACGACAAUCCUCGACAUGGUCAAAGUCAUGUCGUUUGCUGUCCAGGAGGGCAAAAUGGCUGUCCACUGCCAUGCUGGUCUUGGAAGAACAGGUGUGUUGUUAGCUUGUUACUUGGUCUUCACAUCCCGGAUGAGUGCUGACCAAGCCAUUCUGUUUGUGCGAGCCAAGAGACCUAACUCCAUCCAGACCAGAGGCCAGCUGCUGUGUGUCAGGGAGUUUGCCCAGUUUCUGAUUCCCCUCCGAAGCAUCUUCUCCUGUGCAGAACCCAAUACGAGUGCCGUCACCUUGUCCCAGUACCUCACCCGGCAGCGCCACCUGCUGCAUGGAUAUGAGGCUCGGCAGAUGAAGAACGUGCCAAAAAUCAUCCAGCUGGUGUGUAGGCUCCUCAUUGACAUCGCAGCCAACAGACAGACGGUGAUGGAGGAGGAGUGGCUGGAGAUCCCUGACCUCACAGAAGAGGUGGAGAAGGCCCUUCAGCAACUGGUGAAGGAGAUGAGAGGGAAGGCCAUUCCUGUCCCACUGUGUUCAUCUCAUUCUUUCGGCCCAGCAGCUCUGCACUCCAGGACUCCUCAUGAUCAGCCUGUUCCCAGUGAUAAUGAGCUUGAGCCCCUGUGGAGGCAGCAGAGUGUAAACAGCCCUCUCAGAUCUUCUCUGCUGAACAUCAAGAGUCUCAGCUACAGUGAUUCUGUCCUUCACAAGCUUGGACCACAGCAGCGCCAUUUAGCAAACCAGAAGAGCAACAACCCAAACAACUCCCCGAUCAAACACUCCUCGUCUUACAGCAGCCUUACAGCCUGUAAAUCACCCAGGUUUUGUGACCUCUCUCCUCAGGCCGUUAUCAACAGCAUUCAAGACCCAAUCAAAACAAAGCAAAAUCCUGGUUGUCCUUUUUUUAAAAAGCACCUACAUAAGGGAUGUCAGAGUUUGUCUUCAGAUCUGUCAGAGCAGGGCGGGGAGUCCCACUGUGUCACCACAGUCCCAGCCUUAUUAUCAACAAGCAGACUGGUAGCCAGUGAGGAGCGGCUGGUCAUAGAUGUGUCAGCUGGUGAAGCAGAAAGAGGGGAUGUCUCAGAGGCCCCCUUCAUGGCCCUCCAGUUUGAGCUUUCUCCAGAGAGCAGACGCUUGCUGGUGGCCAAAGCUCUGGCCAUGGACCUGACAGUCAAAUACCUCACCUCCAAGGUCUCAGUGUGGCAGACAGAGCUGAACUCCAGAGAGGGGGCCUGGGAGAGGCUGUGCAUGGAGAGAGAUCCUCUGGUUCUGUCCAGUCUGAUGUGGUCAUGGCUGGAGCAGCUCAGGGAUCCAGUCAUCAGCAGUGAUGAUGUAAAAGCUCUCAGUGAGACGAACGGAAACCCGGCGAGUGCUCUCAACUCGCUUGAAAAGGGUCAACGGCUCACUCUGCUGUGUGUCCUCGACUGUGCUGCUCACCUUCUGCCAGUGCCUGAAGAUGUGGAGACUAGUUUUCUCAACCACACAAUAAAAGUGUUUACUAAGACUGACCCUGCAUCAGAGAAGACUGAGUCUUUAUACGUGGCACUGAAAGCAAUCCUGACUGCCAUUCUUCAUGAGCUGCGUGACAAAGCUACGGAGGAGAAUGGAGGCUCCUGAUCCAGCUGCCAUCAGUCUGUAUUUUUGACCCAGGUCCUUGCAUUAGAUACUGCUGAGACCGACCUAUGUUUAGACCAAAUUCUUUGGAAAUUCUAUAAUAUGAAGGUUUAGCAUUUUGUUUUUCUUUGAAGCUCUUAUUAGACUCGAAGCACUGCCAUUGUCUGUGUUAAUGUGCCACUGUGCUCAGUUUGAAAGCAUUUGUUUAUCUGUUGUACUGUAACAUUUAUGAGGGACUAGAUGUUUUUCUUAUAUAACUGAGUUGGUACAAUGACUGAGAAACCUCUCAUGAUGUUAAUGUAAUUUUAUUUAAAUGUGUAACUCAGCUGUCUAAGCUAGUGGGGACUGGGGUCUUAUUUAAACCAAAAGAUGCUUUUACACUGUGCAGAUGCUGCAAUGUGUCUUAUUUAUUCAGACCUUCGCAUUUGAUAUGCAGCAAGUAGUUUAGUAACUCUAACCUGAUGACAAGCUGCGAGGUUGCUUUGUUCCUGCAGAAUGUAAGUUGUUUUCUUAGUCAAAUGCAAACUGUGCCUAUUGUUAUGGCAGUGAAAACUGGAAAGGCCACACUGCGUUUGCUUUCCCAAUCCAUUUUAUGUCCUUAAUACUGAGUGCACCAAAAACCUCUCACUGUACUGUUCUGUUGCAUUUGUUAAACGUCAGCCUGCCUCCGCUGUGGCACUGAGCAAAAUGCCAUCGCCUCAGCUGAAAUGCUGUCGCCGUUUGUGGGACAUUGCCUUGUGUGUGUGUAUGUUUAGCUGUUGAGAGGGAGUCAGUUUCUCAGCAAUAGACAAAGUGUAAUGUAGGUCUCUUGACACAUGUUGACUGGAACACUGACAGGAGUAAUAUGAAGGACAUGGGAUGUACUGUGGGGAAUUUUCAAGAAGCACUUUUUUCAGUUACAGUGAGCUACUUCUUACAGAAUUAAACAACGCACUGCAA